GAAUUUUAGAAACUCAAAAAUUAAAAAAAUAUUUGUAAACACUUCUAAACAUGCUACAAAAUGCUUCCGUAAAACAGAUUUUGUGUCUGAUGCAAAAUGGGAGCAGUUUGUAAGAUAUGUGUCAUAUAUUCGAAAUGAAACAAAAAUAUGUGGCAAAAGAAAACCGUAUGCAGAAGAAAGUUUUAACUUAUAAAGAUUUGCUUCAGGACCUGAAAAGUAAAAACUUUAUAACAAAUAAUGGUAUAGAUGCAGUCAAAGAUAUAUUGUCACCUGUUAUGCAACAGUUGCUACUUACAAUGUUAAAUAAGAAGCGAAAAAGUCGUUCCCGAAAGUUUAAAAAGUUUUGCAUGCACGUUACAUUUUCAUUCGCCUGCAGCAUAUUUGUAUGUAAGAAAAAUGUUUUUAAAAAGUUUACUCACCGAGUACACUGCGCAUGUGACGCAGACAAUUCGUAGCAAUUCGGUAUAUCUGAACAAUCGUUUAAAACUAAACUCGAUAAGGUGCAAAAUGCUAGAGAGAAAGGAAAACACUUAGUUUU